AUGGCCUUAAGACUGUUUGAAGAAAAAGAGCAUGUUGUUGCCUACAUGAAGUACAGAGUAGAGAAUCAUGAAGAAGUGAUCAACAGGAUGAUGGACUUUAUGAAACCAAAGGUGCAACAGAAGUUCAACCUUGCAGUGGAUGUUGGAUGCGGUCAUGGUAAAGGGACCAUGCUCUUGGCCCCCUACUUCGACCAGGUUGUUGGAAUAGACGUGAGUUCUGCCCAGCUGAAGAUGGCGGAGGACAAUAGCCUCUGUCCAAAUGUGACUUACAGGCAGUGUCUUGCAGAAGAACUGCCGUUUGAGUCGAGGCAGGUCGACCUUGUGACGGCCAUGAUGGCAGCCCACUGGUUUGACCGCCCGCGAUUCUUGACGGAGGUUGACCGCGUGCUGAAGCCCAAUGGCUGCCUGGCCCUGCUCGGCUUCCCAAUGAACAUGGAGCUGGAAUAUGGCAAUUCCACAAGUGUGCUUAACAACAUCUGUGAGGAGUUUUAUGCAGCUCUGCGACCUUUCACAAACCCUUAUCUGGCAUCCUCCUUGUCAAAGAUCUACUUCGAAAUGUUUGAAUCUUGCACCUAUCCAGAUAAAGAGUGGAAUGACUGUCUAAGAGUUAACCGCAUGGUGACAGUAAACAGUUUCAUCGGCAUGGUCGAAACUGCCACCGGGUACCAGAAAUUGAAGCUCCAGGAUGCUGCUGAGGCCAAACGCCUUUCUGACAACAUUAGGAACAAGCUGCUGGCCGCCAUGCAGGUCUCCUCGGCAGAAGCAGAGCUCACCAUGGUGCUGUCAUAUAGACCAGUGGCUCUCCAAUAGUGGGGUGCCAUAAUUAACCACAUCAAAUUUCAUGUACAGAAGAACUGCCGUUC